GAGAUCCUCGUGACCGCCGGCGCCUGUCCGCACGUUUGGCAACUGUAACACCAGCUCCAAACUUAUAGGCAUAUCACACGUGAUGUAGGCGGUGGCUAUUUUUAGUCUGCAGAGUGCAUGCAUGUGUGAAAAUAUCAAAAAUAAUGAAAAGCACUAUCAAAUCAUGCCUUGCUUGGCAUUUUUUGAUACACGACUUUUAAUAUUCUUCCCGUUGCGGUUAUUGUUGUUUUGGCAUGUCUUCCAUGCAGGAAGAGCAGCACGCAAGGAGGAGCAUCAUCACCAUCACCAUCAUUGUGUGUCCUCCCCUUGGCCAAAAUGCCAAAAACACACAUUCGAAAACAAGUUUCCAGAUUUCGCAUCGAUAUUGUUUUUUUGGGCAAAGUUAUUUUUGUUUUGCAUUUUACCAUUUGAUUUCGAUUUUUUGGUGCGGGCGCCGCAGAUCCACAUUAUUUUUCCAAGCCACACGCGCUUGCUAAUUGCCUGGUCCUUAAAUACAUGGAAGUUAAAUAGCAAAGAGCUGUCGUCACUCUAAUUUGCAAGCCCGAAUCCAAGCAACAGAACCAGCUUAAAUUAAACAGUAGGCUCCACCCCCUAUCCCCCCUUUGUCUACUGCUUUUAAUUAUUGCAGUAGGGCUGAAAGAAUGCUUAUUCGAAGGGAAGGAGAGGG